AUGGCAUCGCCUACCCCACUGCUUCUGGCGGCCGCCGGCGGCUUCCUCUGGGCAUUUGGAAUUUUGGGCAAGCGCUUGGGUGUCGAAGGAGCCAGCAAUGCCACCAAAGCAGUACGCGCAGCAAUUACAAUCUUUGUCUACACACUGACCACGGUGGUGUCUCCGUCUGUGGAUUUGUUUAGGAUGGGCAGCGAGGGCUGGUCGAGGACUUGGAGCAAUCCGGACUGGAACCAUCGCCUGCCCUGGAUCUUCGGUUGUGGCCUCAUCAGUGGCGCCGGCGGGUUGCUAGGAACUGUGGCUUUCGCCUGGUCUGCUGGAUCCUCCAGUGCUCUCAUCUCGAUGAUAGAGAACGGCACCUACACUAUGUCCAGUGCUUUGAUAAUCGCCCUUUACUUCCGGGAGCACCUCAAGCUCCAGACCUAUGUGGGCUUUGUCUUCAUCCUAGCAGGCGUUGUGCUCGCUCAGAGGUCCUCUCGGCAGAGAGAGCCGGUCCCGCUUUGUGAUGACACGGAGGAGUCAGAGUCCGAUCCAGAGAUGAUGGAGAAGAAGCUGGAUGAUGGCCUGGAUAGUGAGGAUGACAACUCCACUGUGGCCCCAACUUCCCUUCGUAUGAGGGCCGUCUUUCUGUCGGUUGCAGCAGGCACAUGCUGGGGCUUCGGGCCAUUGGGGAAGAAGAUUGGAGUGCAUGGAAGCAGCGAUGCUGAACGGCACGAAUGGACGACAUGUACUUACUUUGUUUACAUGAUGGCGACCACCGUUGUUCCCCUUGGUCGUGUUCUAGCGAGCGACGGCGGUAGCCGGCGGAUGGUCCUUCGGGACAGAAGGUUCCGCUACCUGUUGCUGGGCACCAUGUUCUGUGGACUCCUCUCGGGCUGCGGAGGCCUGAUAAGUACCUUUGCCUUUUCUCUAGAAGGUUCCUUCUCUGGGGCUCUAAUCGCCACUGUGGAGAAUGGCGUCUACACCGUCUUUGGGGCUUUGAUGAUCGCAGUGUUGUUUGAGGAGGAGCUAGGCUCGCAGCAGCUUCUUAGUGCCGGUUCUGUCGUGCUGGCUAUCCUCAUUUUUGGUAUGGACUUCAGGUUUUACCUUUGCUGCGCACUGCGAAUGAGAGAGAAGGAGGUCGAAGAAGCCGGACAGGACUCGGAGAAGCUGUUGGCCUUGGCAAGUGAGGUUGCACAGCAAGACGUCGAGCCCUUCUUCCAGGAGUGCCGGGAUUUCGUGUCUAGCUACAAUGAGGCCAUGCACAGGCGAUUGGACGACACAACGAUCUGGCGAGAGGUUGAAGACGGACUGUUUUGGCAUCAUAGCUUCGAAGUUGUAGCGGACGAGGCCUAUGCGGCUCUUCGCCGAGAAGCAUUACCUGCUGAGGCAGACUGGCCGGAAAGAGGGGAUUCGACCUCCAUUGCAGCUGUGCUGGAGUCUUUCGGCGCAGCCGUUAGAGAAGGUGGGCCAUCCCACACGAAGGCGGAGGCAUCGGGAUUGUUUGCAGCGUUUUUGUGCCCAGAGAUGGAAAUUCAGUCACGGUCAUAUCCGGCGAGCCAGCCCAGCAGCAUGAACGGCAUCAUUCAGCUUUCCCCGACGCAGCAGAAGGCGUUUGAUCUUCUUGUUGGUGCCAUCAAGACGAAGGCCGCGCCUCUUGUGGAGUUGCGAUCGCCGCCAGCUCUCGGACGUGGCUAUGGCGUCACCUCGAUACUCAAGUCAGCAGCAACUCAGUUUGGAGUGCCUUCUCUUGGAGUGGCGACUGCUCUAGCGCACGAUGCAGGAGAGGGUCAGGCACUGAAAGCACUUUAUGCAGCUGCCAUAGCAUCUCUGGAGAAACACGGCCUCGCUGUGAUAGAUGACCUCGAUCUUGCGGUCGCACCUCGCUCGGUGCGUCGCUCUCGCACGUUGAUUGGAGACAUCAAGGGUGCUGGUGAUCUCUACAACUGGGAAGUGGCGCCGUCGCCGGCCAUGCUCAUUAAAUCUCUGAGCGAUGCAGCAGCUUCUGCCCACGGUGUCAUCGUUUUCUCUUCCGUCGAAGAUGCACACCUAGCCUUCAUCAACACGCCUCUGGUCGUGACUUUGGGAGAGUCGACAGUGGAAGACUACGGUGCGAUCUUGAAGAGUGUGCUGAGAGAACAGGGGUCCGUGGACGAGGAGGCCAUCUAUUCGUUGCACUCCCAGCUGUCACCUGCGGACUUGAAAGCAGCCACCGCUCGUGUUCUGGCCAGGCAGAGCAGUGUCAGCACGGAAGCUCUUGUCAGCUCAAUCAGGGAUGAGCUGGUUUCUGUGUCGGCAGUUGCGCCGGAAGAGGUUGAGCCAGUCGACCUGGCAGAAUACCCCGGUCUGGAAGGUAUCAAGGAGGACUUGGAGCGGAACGUGCUGUUCCCUCUGGAGAAUCCUGAGCAGGCUAAGAAGUUUGGACUGACCCCGAAGCGUGGAGUAUUGCUACACGGCCAGCCUGGUACGGGGAAGACCACUGUAGGGCGCUGGCUGGCCAACAGGCUGAAGGGAAAGUUCUUCUUGGUUCGCGAGAUGAUGCUUCAUGCUGACAUUAUCAAGGUCUUUGCAGCUGCACAGGCUGCCGCACCUUCCGUCGUCUUUAUCGAUGAUGCAGACAUUGUGAUUGGAGGCUGGCGGCCACUUGAUGGGCAUCGGGGCUCCGACAUCUUUCGGUUUCUGCUGGGCCGAAUGGAUGGCUUGACAUCGCGUGGCAAGAGGCAGCGAGAGACCGGUGAUGUCGUUGUGGUUCUCACGGGGCAGAAUGUCCACUGGAUGGCCGAGAUGCUACUCCGGAGUGGCCGCAUCGAGCUUUGGCUCAAGACCAAACUGCCUGAGCCUCGGCAGAAGCACGCGAUCCUGCGCAAGUACAUCAAGGACGACCCCGGAGCCAUGGAGCUGCUCUGCAAAAACGGUGAGAUGCCGGAUGUCAAGGCUGCCGCCCAAGCUAGUGACCAUUUCUGCUGUGCAGAUCUGCGCAGAGUUGUGAGCGAUGCCAAGAUGCUGGCUGCAUGGGAUCGCAACAGCGAUGCCAAGAUCUUGGAGGGGUCGACUUACUUGGAGAAAGCGGCGGAGGGAGUCCGCCGCAUGCAAGACGAGGUUAAAUCAUCCGCCCGGAACUUGUAUGGCUGUAGGGCAGUCCGCGAUGUAGAUGGGCUGACCAGUGGCAUUCCUUCGUUGAAUCAAGUUUUCUUGGAUGGCCAUUGCACAGCAGUGAUUUACCAAGCAUUCCUUGAAGCAAGUGCCAUGCCCGUGAAAUGCUCCCUGCGCACGGCGCUCAUCGAUCACGGCAAGAGCCUUCUGGAGAAGUACUUGCCAGAGGUCUCCGGCGGCAAGCACAAGAUGGGAUGCGCAGGUGUUCUCGUGACCCCCGCCGUGCUCGACAGCACUGGGAGCCAGACCUGGGACAGCAUUCUGCAGGCGAACCCAUGGCUGAAGACGACUAACUUGGUGGCGAAGCCGGACCAGCUCAUCAAGCGCCGUGGCAAGGAGCAGCAAGUGGAGCACGUGACCGGGCAGUUGAACCACUUCUUGGUCGAGCCCUUCGUGCCCCACAAGCAGGAGCAGGAACACUACAUUUGCAUGCUGUCCCACCGUUAUCACGACGAGAUCCUCUUCUAUCACGAGGGCGGUGUUGAUGUGGGUGAUGUGGAUGCGAAGGCGGAGAAGUUGGAGCUUCCGUUUGGCGAAACGCUGACGGAGGCCAUCGUGUCAGAGAAGCUGCUGAGCAAGAUGCCGGCUGCCAAGAAAGCCAACAUGGCAUCCUUCGUUCUCAGCCUGUACAAGUUCUACACCGAUCUGCACUUUGCUUAUCUGGAGAUCAACCCUCUCGUCAUGUUGGAUGACAACACCGUGAUCCCACUCGACAUGGCUGCCAAGAUUGACGAGACUGCCAACUUCCUCGUUGCCCAGAAAUGGGGAGAAUUAGAUUGGCCUCCACCGUUCGGUCGGGCCGCCUACCCGGAAGAGGCCCUCAUCCGCGACAUGGAUGGUCGCACCGGGGCCUCUCUGAAGCUUACCAUCCUCAACGAGAAGGGCCGGGUUUGGACGAUGGUCGCAGGCGGAGGCGCCUCCGUCGUUUAUGCUGACACCGUGGCCGAUUACGGCAUGGGCUCAGAGCUCGCUAACUAUGGAGAGUACUCCGGAGCUCCGUCCACCGAGGAAACUUUCGUGUAUGCCAAAACCCUGUUGUCCCUGAUGAUGAAGUACAAGCACCCGGAUGGCAA